UGGUUGCUUUGGACAUGGAUCUUUCAACUCGCACGACCAAGGAGGAGGAAGCGGUGGUUGCAACAACGCAAGAGAGCUGUAAGUUGAGGACGCCCAACUCAAUAUUUUCCAUAAGAAGUUUGGUGGAUAUUGGGGAGAGUUUUGAGCAAUUGGAUGGACUGGAUAAAGAAUCUCAUUCGUCUGAGCACCCGACAAACAUGGGAGUAUCAGAGGAAGUAACGCCAGCGGCUGGUAUCGAACCCAGGCCCCCAGGUCCCGAUCAGAGUGACGGAAGUGACCCUGAACCCGACGAGUUCGCACCAAAAAGGAAACAGAGGAGGUACAGGACCACGUUUACCAGUUACCAGUUGGAAGAAUUGGAGAAAGCUUUCUCCAGGACGCACUAUCCGGACGUCUUUACUAGAGAAGAACUGGCCAUAAAGAUUGGAUUAACCGAAGCCCGAAUACAGGUGUGGUUCCAGAACCGUCGAGCCAAAUGGCGCAAACAGGAGAAAGUCGGACCCCAAGGCCACCCAUACACACCCUACCUGAACCAGUCCACCAGCGCACCCUCGCCUUCUGUAGUACCACCCUCACUACCCAACCCUUUCAACCUACCCUUCGGCCUACGCAAACCAUUCGACCCCUUAACCUUCCGCUACCCGCCGCACGUCCUUCCCGGGUACUUACCAACGCCACCGUCGUACCACCGUACUGGACAUCACCUUCUACCACCUUCCGUAGGGCUGUACCCUUCGGCAAGUUCCUUCCAGACGCUGCUGGCUAAUAUAUCGGCUGCGCAGAGACCUAAACAGGAGUUCACCGCCUCGCCGCCGUUGUCACCUGGUGGUGCUGCUAGCACUGUCACGCCACCUGACGUUGACAGGAGGAGUUCGAGUAUAGCCUCGUUACGGUUGAAGGCGAGGGAGCACGAGAUGAGGCUAGAAAUGUUGAGGCAAAGUGGAGAUUUGAUUAGUUAGAGUGAAAGAAUGUUCUAAUCCUAAAAUCCUAUUAAGCAAAUUUGAAGAUUUAAUUUAUCAAGUAAAAACAAGUUUUUUGUAUAACUUAAGUUUCAUUCAGAAGUCAUUCAGAAUGUCUCUAAUUUCAACAUAAGCAUUCAGAACUUCAAAAUUAGUGGUAGUACUUUUCAAUUAAAAGAAAAAAAUCUGAAUUAAAUCUGAAAUUUGAAUGAGACAUGUAACCUAUAAAAUAUUGUGGCCUUUAGAAUAUUAAACUGGAAAAUUGGAUAAUAAAUGUUUACAUUAUUUUUAGAAAAUUGACAUAAAUAUGCCUCUUUUAUGAUUGUUUUACUCGUAUAAAUAGAAAAAAGAAUUUAGAAUUGUUAAAUUUUUAUAAAAUGUAGAUAUGUAGAGCUAGUUAAUUGUGUACUUAAAAAUUUACACUGAAGAUCGAAAAACCUUAUUAAAAUUAUAAUAAUAUACCGGGUGCGUCUUGGAAG